AUGCAAGCCACUUUGAAGCUGUUUAUUGCAGCUCAGAACGUGGCUGCUCAUCGUGAGACCAUCGGCGAGAAGGCGAAGGUUGAGGAAGAGCUAGAUCUCGUGCCAGGUCGACUAGAAGCAGAGAUGAAGAAGAAUGUCAAGCUGUUGUCGUCGGUGAACAAGCUGACUGAGGAGAAGCACGGCUUGAGCGUACAUUUGUUGAAGUGGCAGAAAGAGUUAGAUGGGACGAUGCAGAAGAUCGACACUUUUUCUUCCGAGCUGCGCUCGUGCUAUAAUGAUGUCGUCAAGGACUUCAUCAAGUCAGCCGAGUACUAG